AUGGCAAAGUCCCCAGUCGCCGAGCCAUCACCGGCAGAAAUUCCCAGUCCAACACCAGGUGCGACCGAGCCCAACAACGACGAGAUAGCCGUGGUCGAGACCGAAGAUAGAGCGCAGGAAGGCGAGCAGCAACAGCUGCAGCCAGCAAAAAAGACGAAGAAGAUCAUCCGGCGCAAGAAGCGACCAGCCCGAGUACAGGUGGACCCGUCAGUCGUGAAGUCAGAACCGCCGCCACAGACGGGCACAAUCUUCAACAUCUGGUUUAACAAAUGGUCGGGCGGCGACCGCGAAGACAAAUAUCAGUCGAACCAGCCGGCGCCGGGGCGGUGCAAUGUCGCGCAGGACAGCGGAUACACACGGGCAGACCGGGUGCCGGGAUCAUAUUUCUGUUUGUUUUUCGCAAUGGGCACAUGUCACAAGGGCCCCGAGUGCGAGUAUCUGCACCGGCUGCCGGGGCUGCACGACCUGUUCAAUCCCAACGUGGACUGCUUCGGGCGGGAGCGGUUUAGUGACUACCGCGACGACAUGGGCGGUGUGGGAUCGUUCAUGCGCCAGAAUCGCACGCUCUACGUCGGCCGCAUCCACGUCACCGACGACAUCGAGGAGGUUGUUGCGCGCCACUUCGCCGAAUGGGGUCAGAUCGAGCGCACGCGAGUUUUGACCGGCCGCGGCGUCGCCUUCGUCACCUACACCAACGAGGCCAACGCCCAAUUCGCCAAGGAGGCCAUGUCCCACCAGAGCCUCGAUCACGAGGAGAUCCUCAACGUGCGCUGGGCUACCGUCGACCCCAACCCGCUCGCGCAGAAGCGCGAGGCCCGCCGCCUGGAAGAACAGGCUGCCGAGGCCGUGCGCCGCGCCCUGCCCGCCGCCUUCGUCGCCGAGAUCGAGGGCCGUGACCCGGAGGCCAAGAAACGGAAGAAGAUCGAGGGCAGCUUUGGUCUGCAGGGCUACGAUGUUCCCGACGACGUGUGGCAUGCCCGUACCCGCCAGUUGGAAGAUACCGGGUCCGGUGCUGCUGCUGCUCCCGCUGAAAUCGAGGCCCCCGACCAGCCCCUUCUUCUUGAAGCUGCUGCUUCGGCGCAAGCUGUCCCGGCCCCUGUGCCCGAAGCACCCGCGCAGUACGGUGGCAUCUUCUCCAGCUCCGCUGUUGCAGCACUGCAGGGGCUCGCUGGUGGAACAGUUUCGACGCAAGCGGCACCUAAACCAGCUGGAGGGCCGUUAGUAGGCUACGGGAGUGACGACAGCGACUGA